UUUAUAUAUAAGUCUGUCCAAAGCUACCGCGGCAGUGUACGAAACGACUAUGGAACCUGACGGCGACGCGCCACCGUUUUGGGCACAACCGCCGCCCACCGGCCGCCGUGGUCGGCAUCGGAGUUCUCCGCUACUCAAUCCUGUGGCGCUAAUCUUAGUCAUUCCGAUUGUUGCCUUAAUCGUCCUCUUUUUUGUGCUGCCUUCGUUCCUUGCUCACACGAAUCAAAUUCUGAGGCCUAAUUCUGUUAAGAAGAGCUGGGAUUCGAUCAAUAUACUGUUGGUGUUGUUCGCGAUUCUCUGCGGCGUGUUUGCGCGGCGGCACGAGGAUGCUCCGCCGCCGGAGGAUGAGCGGCGGAACGCCGAAGGUGUUUCGGCUAGGUCUAACACCUUGCGGCAUUUGGCUCCGGCUUGGAUGGAUUCUCCGGAUCGGAAGGAGUACAAUAUGAUUAGCGGCGGUAGCGGCGGCGGAAGGCUGCGGCGGAGCAGCAGCUCUUAUCCAGAUUUAAGGCAGGAGGCGCUUUGGGAGAGCGGCGGAAGCAGGUCGAGGUUUUUGGAUGAUUUUGACCUAAAUUUUUACAGGUCGCCGCUGCGGGAGAAUUUCGACAGCCGCACGCGGCGGAGGCAGGCGGCGGAGAGGGAAGAAGAGGCAGAGACGAUUAUUCGUGAAGUUACGGUGGAUAAAUUUGAAGUCAAUUCCGCUCCGCCGCCGCCGACACCGCCUAAGCCGGCGUCUCCUCCGCCGCCACCGCCGCCGCCGUCGUCUACGGCGACGUCGAAGAAGAGACGAUCAUUCCAGACUGUUCCACGUAAAGACCACGUCGAAAGGGAGAGAAAGGAAGAGGAAAUUAGCGAAAACAGACGGCCGACGCCACCUCCGCCGCCGCCCCCACCACCGGAGCCGACGCCGGAGUUCCAUUCGUCGGAGGUAAAGCAUGAACCGAUCCACCGGAGAAAAAGCGGCGGGACGAAGGAUUUCGCAACUGCAAUAGCUUCGUUGUACAAAGCCGGCAGCCGGAAGAGAAAGAAGAGAGUGAAGAGUAGAGACAUUUACGAAACUGCCCCUCAGAAUUCACCGCCGCCGUCAACGGCGGAAGCGCGGUCGACUCCGCCGCCGCCUCCUCCCCCCCCGCCGCCGCCGUCUAAGGUGUUGCAGAACCUGUUCAAAAAGAGCAGCAAGAGCAAGCGCGUGUAUUCGGUUCCGACCACCGCGCAAACACCUCCGCCGCCACCGCCGCCGCCUCCUCCGCCGAACUCAAUCUUCAACAAUCUAUUCAAAACCGGGAGCAAAAGCAGACGCUUCGAGAGAACAUCCACCACGCCGCCGGCGCCUCCUCCACCUCCUCCGCCUUCUGCAAUACUAAACUCCAUAUUCAAAACCGACGGCAAAAGCCGUCGUUCCAAAACCACUCCCCUUCCUCCGCCGUCGGCUCCUCCUCCGGCACCGGCUGCCCCCCUACGGCCGCGCGGCAGGCCUCCGAAACCUACAAAACCGAUUACGCAGUAUCACGAGGAGUCCACCACUGCACCCCCGUCGCCGCUAAUCCCCCUACCACCACCACCACCACCUCCGCCAUUCCGCAUGCCGGAAAUCAAAUUCGCCGGCCAGGGCGAUUUCGUCCAGAUCCACAAAACCAACAUCUCCCGCAGCAGCUCACCGGAUCUGGAAGAUAUCGAUGCCACGUCAGUUAAAUCCGACGUCGGCGAUACUGCCGGACCGUCGUCAAUCUCUUGCCCCAGCCCCGACGUGAACGCGAAAGCCGAUACAUUCAUAGCCAGGCUCCGGGACGAAUGGCGAUUGGAGAAGAUGAAUUCAAUGAAAGAGAAACGGAAGCUCCACUGAUCUCCGGCCGCCAUUAAAUCUGUAUCAUCUGAACCGGAGGGUACAUAAUGGUAGAUCAAAGUUUUAGAAGAAUGAAUUGGUGCAGCUCCAAUGGUGUUUUUUUAUCAGAAAUUGGAGCAAUCCUACAGUAGAAGGCGUGCAUUGGAUUCGAUAUCUGCUUUGUUUGUGUUGGACUGUGUGACAGCUUCAGGUACUAAAAAAAAAUAUCCUUUAGGAAUCAUCCAUUUGAUAUCCAAGUUUUGGUUUUGAUUUUGGUGUAAAAUGUUGUUCUUAAUCCGAUUAAAAAAAAAAAAAAAAGUUCAAUGGAGUUUUGAUGUGAUGAUGA